CGAUGUGGUCACCGACACCCUGAUGCUGGAGUUCAGCUGGCAGCUGAAGGAGGCAGAGAGGCGGCAGAGAGAGAGGGAGAAGGAGUACCGACGCCUCAAGACCGGAGUGGACUACAGCUGGCUGGCCAGCACGCCUCGCUCCUCCUACAACAUCAGCACUGGGGAGAGGCUCAGCCUGGAGGGCCUCUGCUCCAAGGUGCCACCAUCCUGCUGCGGUUUCGUCAUACUCAAGUUCAGGGAAGCCAUGCAGGCCAGUGAACCUGAAGUGGAGGAGGUGUUGGGCGUGUUCCGCUCUGUCCUCCUGGAGGCUCUGGACCACCUGAAGGAGGAGCAGGAGGCACAGCACCUGUGGAUCAACAGAUGUCCCAAGAGCAUGUCCCUCAAGAAUUUCAGGUCUCGGAUCAAGAUCAACCCGUUUGGAUGCACGGUGGGCCUGACCUCCGCUGUGUCUGACGGGGCAGGGCUGAGUGACCUUAAAACUGUGUCAGAGAAUGUGGAAAGAGGUAUGGAGAGUGAGUAGAGGUCACAGUGGGUGUGGAGCAUGCCCGACUUCAGCUACAAAGGAGAGAGCAGCAGCAAGGUUGCCUGAUGUGGGGCACCGGUGGAACGUUUCAGUGGGACAUAUACUGAUCUCCCCAGGACUCUGCUGCCAUAUGUUCACUUUCCACCAGGUGGAGGAGGAUGAAUGCCAUCCUUCCCUGUAGGAAACCACUCAGCAUUUGUUCCAUUUAUCUUUUCAUCUGCAAGAGUAAUGCCAGGUGUUUUUGUCUAAAGAUUUUUCAACAAUGUUUUUACUUGAAAGGGUUUUCCUUUCAAUGAGAUCACCUUUGGUGGAGAUUUGACAUCUAAGCUUUGAGGUCUAUUAUUUGUAGACCCACAGGGAUAUUUAUGUAAUUCAAAGAGCCCAUGGCAUCCUUUUACUUAUUUUUUUUUGUUAAUAACAGUGUUAAAAUGGUGAAUUAUCGUCUUAGAUCUGACCUAAACCUCAUAAAAUGAAAUGUAUGUUCUAGUACUUCUGUGUAAAAGCAACUUGGUUUAAACA